AUGUCUACCAAGCUUCACCAAAGACCACCUUUCAGAGCUGAGCAUCUAGGCUCUCUUCUGCGCCCCACCCCGCUCCUCGACAUCCGGCACAAAAUCAACGGGGGAGAAAAGGGCCUCGAAAAUGAGCUGAAGGCUGUCGAAGAUGAAGCUGUGAAGGAGACCGUCAAGGAACAGCAGGAAUUGGGUUUCCGCCCUGUUUCUGAUGGAGAAUUCAGACGCCAUAUGUUCUGGGGUACCUUCUUCCCCGGACUGGAGGGAUUUGAAGAGAUUCAAAACCCAGACAUUGACAUCUUCCGCAUGUACGUCCCAGACGUUGCAGCCUUCACUGAGAGCGGACACAAGCCCGGAGAGACAGUCAUCUGCACAGGAAAGAUCAAGCACGUUGGAAGCACAUACAUCGACCAAUGGAACUACCUGAAGAACCUCCUUCCCAAGGAGAGACAACAUGAGGCCAAGCUCACUCUUGCGGCACCAGAGUGGUACCACCUCCGAUACAAGACCGGCAGGGCAUACCCCAAGUCCGUGUACGCCAACGACGCCGAAUACUUCGCAGACAUCGCGAAGGCAUACCGUGAGGAGCUUAGAAUUCUUUACGAGAACGGCUGCCGCAACAUCCAGAUCGAUGACCCCAACCUUGCCUACUUCUGCUCCGAGAAGAUGCUGAAGGGUUUCAAGGACAACGGCGAAGACGCCGACGCUCUCCUUGACGCCUAUAUCAAGCUUUACAACGACUGCCUCUCUGAGCGCCCCGCGGAUUACCACAUUGGUGUCCACCUCUGCCGAGGAAACUUCGUCGGAGGCCGACACUUCUCCGAGGGUGGAUACGAUAACAUUGCCACUAAGCUGUUUAACGAGCUGAACGUUGACACCUACUACUUGGAAUACGACACUCCCCGUGCUGGUGGCUUUGAGCCUCUCAAGCACCUCCCCAAGGGCAAGAACGUCAUUCUGGGUCUGCUCUCCAGCAAGUUCCCCCAGCUGGAGGACAAGGAGGAGAUGAAGAGGAGGGUGUACCAAGCAGCGGAGUUGAUCUCUCAGGGUACCGGAGAGACCAAGGAGGAGGCGCUGAACAGAAUUGGUGUUUCCCCUCAAUGUGGCUUUGCAAGCCACAGUGAUGGAAACAAUGUUCAGAAGGAGGAUAUGGUCAAGAAGCUGCAGUUGGUACGGACGCUGGCCGACGAGAUCUGGCCUGGCCAGCCGUAA